AGAGAGGGGAGAGAGAGAGACUCGGGGAGCAGUAGAGAGGGAGACAGCGGAGGGAGAGGAAGUGAAGGUACAGUGUAUAAUGUACUGCAGUAGAAUGAGGGUAAGAGUGAGAGAGCGAGCCAGGAGGAAGCACUUUGACCAUCAGCCUUUUGCAGAUCCCUCAGGAACCGUUGCCUCGCAGCCAGAUUUCUGAAGAAGCAAGGAGACUUGGGAAAGCACGGUGGAGUCGAAAAGGAGAAGGCGAAGGGGGGCUGAGGAGGAGGAAGCCAGAGGUUCAUUGCACAAGAUGGCUGCUGUGUCCUCUGCCUCUGACUCUGGAGACCCCGGGGGCCGCCACCCGCCUGAGCGCAGACUGUUAAUCCUAGGGGGGCCACGGGCAGGGAAAACAUCGUCCGCCAACACCAUCUUGGGGGAUAAUGUCUUCGAGGCCGGGACAGAGACCACUCACAGUAAUGUGGGCCAGACCGAGAUCUAUGGAAGACGCGUGACCGUGGUCGACACUCCUCCCUGGGCUGUCCCCAGUGAUCCGGAGGAGGACGGUGACGGCGAUGAGAGCAGUACCGCCGUCGAUGAGUCAGACACCCCACCACGGCCGGUGCCAAGCCUUGACAGCGAGGGGCCAUGCAUGGGGGCCAUCCUCUGCCCGCCCGGACCCCACGUCAUCCUGCUGGUGGUGUCUGUCACCCAGUCGUUUGCUGAAAUCCAGAGGAGGGCUGCGGAGGACCAGCUGGGUGCCUUGGGUGGAGGAACUUGGAGGUACUCCAUGGUGCUGUUUACUGGGGUGGACAAGCUGCCCAAAGGGACUUUCAUUGAGGAACACAUAGCCAACACUGGAGAAGCUCUGCAAUGGUUGGUGGAGAGAUGCGGAAGCAGAUACCAUGCCUUUGAUAACACUCAGAAGGAUGGGGAGGACAACACGCAAGUGCCGGAGCUGAUGGAGAAAGUAGAGGAAAUGAUCACUGACAACCAAGGCUGGUACUUCGAGGUGAAUGAGUUGAUUCUCCUGGAGGAGGAGCAGGCCAGGAGAGCUCUGGAGGAGGAGCGGAUGAGAAUGGAGGAGCACGCCAGACAGAGGGAGCAGAUGAUAGGAGGACCUCCCAGAGAGCUCAGAGUAUUGUUGCUGGGUUGGAAAGGCGUAGGCAAGAGUUCAGUGGGGAACUCCAUCCUUGGCCGCCGUGACUUUGAGUCAGGCCAGGAGACGGAGCUCUGCCUGCGGAGGCAAGCUUUGGUUUCGGGCCGCAGGGUCACCAUCGUCGACACUCCGGGCUGGGACUGGUUCUCCGUCCGGCGAACCCCGAAACGGAUCCGCCAGGAGUCGCAACGUGGCGCCGCUCUCCUCCGGCCCGGACCCCACACGCUGCUGCUGGUCCUCCCCGUGGUCUCCUCCCUGACCGCCAGGAAGAGACGCACCCUGCUGGCUCACAUGGAGACCCUGUUUGGUGACAGGGCGUGCCUGCACACCAUGGUGCUGUUCAGCUGUGGCGACUGGCUGGGCCACACUCCCAUCGAGGAGCACAUCCAGAGAGGAGGGCGGGAGCUGCACAGACUGCUGGAGUACUGCGGGAACUAUUACCACGUCCUGGACAGUAAGAGCCCUGUCAAGGACAGCAGGAGCAUCUCCGACCUGCUGGAUAAGAUUGAGGAGAUGAUCAGGGAGAACGGGGAUGAAGCCUUUCUCCCAGUGCAGAGCGAGUGGUUGAGUGAGGAGAGCUCUCAGUCCUCCGACAACACCGAGCCCGAAGAUGACUGUAGAGGGUGCCAGCUCCAGUGACAUGGCGGCAAUGAAGGGAAAGUGGGAUACUGCUUUUUCACUCCAUUCUGAGUACUAAAUAAGAAAAAAAAUACGUUGCCUCUUAAAACUGAAACCUCAAAUCGAUAUUUUCUUCCAACUCUUAAGGGUGAAAGGAGAAAUUGACUUAAAACACAGGGUUUUGGAACAGGAGGUGUGAUGAAUAGCACUGCGUCAGUUCGCUAGAAAACACAUUCACGGAUUACUAAGCAAAGCUCGACUGGGGACUGAAAGAGCACUCUAUUGCAAUUACUGCUCUCAUCUGAGUCUACAUGCCCGAAAGUUUUCGUGAGAUGUGUUGUUGGGUUUUCUUUUUUUUCUUUCCUUAAAGGUAGAAGUUUUGAGUUCUGCUUUAAGGGACCAGAGCUCGGUCCCUGUCCAUGGCAGAGACAAUGGCUGCUGCUAAACAGAUGCUGCUUCAACACUUCAUAAUAAAAGUGAAAAGUCAUAAGAAUCAUUGUAAUCCAAUAUCCAAACGGCACUGGUGCGCCAUGGUUUGGAUCGUCACAAAGAUGAAGAUGCAGCAACUCUGAGCUACGCUGUGAUGCAGUCUGCAGCGGUAUGAUGCAACCCAUCAUUUUGCUGCUUUCCCUCGAAGCCCGAGCCCGGAGGAGAGGUGCAGGCAGGGUCGAUAUCAUCAUGGCCAAAUAGAAUUGAGGGCAUGGCUCGAGCAGGGGUUUUUUAACAUUGGAGCCGUGAGAGUCUGUACAGGUCGAGGAGGUAUGCCACUGUGAAUGUGUUUGUCCCCCCAAAUUUGAUCUCUAUCUAGAGUUAUUGUCUGCUCCCCCCAAGCUACGUCUUAUUUUCUGUUGAUGGUGGGGUUUUUUCUAGUUUGCAUUCAGUUUGGUUCAAUCAGGGACAACAGAAAAUAGCUCAAACUAAAGCAAAUCAAUGAAAUAUAUCAGCUGAUAUGCUGCAACCAGAUUAUGUACAAAGCAAUAAGAGGUAAUGCAAACUGCAGCACCUAAAAAAACUCGGCGGUGUGUGAGUAAGGGGAAAUUUCUCGUUUGUACUCCCCAGAGUCACAAAAGUGCACUGUGAAAAAAAUGUACGAUGGCCCCUCCACAGCGUCUGGUAACAUUAUGAUGUGUGAUCCUCUAGUAUACACUGCGUCAGUAAUAAACAGGUUUUCUAUUCAUUGGCAUUUUGUCAGUCCCUGCUGAGGGACUCUGAGUCAAAUCUUGGACCUGUACAGAAAUGCUAAUCAAGUGCAAACCGUAGACGCAAGUCUCUUAUUAAUUGGAAUUGAAUUUUACUGUGUUGACUUGUUUUAGUUUGCCUGGAGCCUGAAGUGCACUUUGGGUAGUGCUUUCUGGGGGGACAAACUGUGCAAGAUAAGACGAUUUUCUUUAAGUAGUAAUUCUUGUAAUUCGAAGUCUGGCACACAGUCCAUGUCCAAGAAAUGUUCCAAGAAGAGAUUUUAAGAAGGCUGUAUUCUCACUUUGUGCCAUCUCACAUCCCUAAAGCAUAUCUAAACCGGCUUGAGCUGGCUGGCUCUGCAUUGUUCUAUUCUGUGAUGAUGCAACAGAGCCGUUGACAAUAGGGUAGAUUUAGCAGUCACAAAGUGGGAUUGGGUGCAAGGCCAGGAUAGCAGCCCAUCCAUCACUCCGUUGCAUGCUACAGAAACGAGAUAACCUCAUUAACUGUCGUGGUAAAAGAGGGCUUACUCCUUAAUAACUUUUCCUUCGAUAUUGUGACAUUCGCGCCUGGUAUCAAUAGUGAUGUUAAAAAAGAAAAGAAAGAAAAAGAAAGAAAAUUUAUAUUCCAAGAGGCAACAGUGCACAUGCAUCCAAGAUAAAUGAGUGCCUAAAGAGUUGCUGGCAACCUCAACUUUUUUCUUUUUUUUAGAAGCAAAGCAACUCAUGGAAAAGUGAGAAGAACUCACUGACUCAUUCACAUACUCAGUUAGCAAGUCCACCUCUAGGGGGAGCUGUGGGGCUCUAAAUGCGUUCAGCGAGUGAAAAUAAAACUAAAGAAAUUAUGAAAAACAUUUAAGACUUUCACGUACUGCAUAAAAAAUGAACGUUCAACCCCAGCCAGUUCCCCUCCAGAUGGACCACAUCCUACUACUAUGAGCUGCUUGCAACUCUUUAGUGAAAUACGCCCUGAUAAGCCUCAUGCCUACUGAACACGUGUGGGAUAAAGCCGUGCGUCCACCACAGACCGCUUCUGCAGAAACACCGCUAAUGCUGGAGGUGAGGGCUUCAAAUGAAAAGCAGGUGCGGAGCGCUGGGAGAAGAUGCUGCGCGAUGACUUUCAUGACAGAGGCGAUAUUUCUUUUUCUUCUUUCACAUUGUGGUGAUACAUGCAUAAAAUGUCAAACGGGGGCUUUCUGUGUCCAAAGUCAUUUGCUGGUUUAUUUUUGUUCCCCUUUCUGCUCCGACAAAGUAAAUCUAGUCUUGUGCCUAGUCCACACGUACGCGGGUAUUUUUGAAAACGGGGUUUUCCCUCCUUCAUUCUUUAAAAAGAAAUCUCGUCCACACAAGCGCUGUAGAAAAAUCUCCGUCCAAAUGAAAAUGCAAACACAGGUGCUGCUCGACCCAAUGAAUGCGCUGUUAAGAGCAUGCCGAACCACCAGGUGGCGAUUUAACCGUAACCCUAAAGCCAUGUUGGCCAAUCAGAAGCCGGAAAAAAAAAAGCCAACGCCUAGCCAAAAACCCCGUUUCCCCUAUCUACACGUCAACACUGAAAACGGAGUUUCUGAAAAUCUCCCCCAUGGGAGGAAUUGUCCAGUAGGUCUCCUUUCAGUGACCCAGAACGCAGUGUACGUGUGGACGAAAGGCCAAAAUGCAAAGAAAUGGCUACAUUCUCAAAAAUACCCGUGCACCGAGUGGACAAGGAAUUAGCUUCCUCUCUGGCCCCGCCCCUCCUUCAUUCUUAUUGGUUGGUGGAAAUAGAAGGGGGCACGAGACGUGUGCGUCCGCGACGGCUGAGAUUAUUUAAACUGUGGAAAGAGGCGGAGCGCUGACGUCGUAGGCUGUGAUGGGGUCGAGAGUUGAGUAAACAGGACCUUUCCAUAGGGAUCAGUACAGCGAUAAAAGACGCGUGUUUCGUGUGUUUGUGUUUUUACAGUUCUGUGGUGGACGCAUGACCCAAGUCCACUGAAAUUCACCAAGUCCUUACUUGCAUAUUGGAUUCAGUAACAGCAGAUAGUAGUUCCUCACAUCUGUGUCACUGUGUCAUUUUUCUUAAGAAUCUCAAGACGGUCAUUUUGGGUUUCUUUCAAUUUCUGUUGUCACGUCACAACUCUGCAAAAACUGUACAUUAAAAAAAAGAAGAAUACAUUUAAAGAGAUUAUCAACCGUUCAUAUUGCCACAGUAGUAUAAAAAGGUAUAUACUAUGUGACCAUUAGCACUGCCAUGCUUAAAAGACAGCCAAAAAACAAAAACAAAACAUGAUUUAUAUUAAUGAUGUAGCCUGUGCAAGAAACCAUGAAUUCCUCGACGCUUUCCUAACUGUACGCUUCAUCUUGUGAUCUAGGCGGCCACGGCUCUUAGUAUAACAGCAUGACUUCAGAAUUUUGGGAUGAUGAGGAUUUAUUUCGGGUGAUCAUUUGGAGCAUUUAGUUAAACUUGAAAGCUCUGCUCCACUUGUGAAUACAUUGUAUAGGCCAUGUAUAUUUACAGCGUGGAAUAUGUUAAAGUUGUGUUAUCCAAAAAAGCAUUGUGCACCGUGUUACAUGUGUCACCAGUUUACCAUGACUCAAGUGAAGUUACUUUUCUGUGUUUGGUCCUAAAUGGUGAGUGCAUCAUUAGUGAAACGACUCGCAUCAUCCUCUGACAGCUACAAUAAAAAUAUAUGGAUAUG